UUUCUUGUUAUAGAUAUACUUCGUCGCUAGCUUAAUUGUUUUAGCCUGUUAGUGUCACGAUUUUGGUUGAUAAAAUAAAUGGACAUUAUCACAUAGAUCGACGAAUGAAGUUGAAAGAAAUAAUUCUUCCUCAUGUUGGUGUGUUUGUGCUUUAGACAGAAACCGGAGGAAAUUGUAGUCAGAACAAAGAUGGGAAACGGACAGUCUGGCGGAGCAAAAGGCACGCCUACCUUAUAUAUUCAUGGGCUUAGUGCUCCAGCGAGGGCAGCAUGGAUGACCACAAAAGCAGCAGAAAUACCGGUUCAUUUGAAAUACGUGGAUCCAUUUAAAGGCGAACAUAAAACUCCUGAAUUCGCAAAGAUAAAUCCUGACAUGACACUACCUACCUUAGUAGAUGGAAACUUUUCUUUAUGGGAGAGUCGGCCUGUCAUGCAGUAUCUAGUGAGCAAGUUUGGAGGCAGACAUUCCUACCUAUAUCCUAAAGAUCUACAAAAGAGAGCUAUAGUGGACAGAUUACUAUACUAUGAUCUAGGAUCAGUGUACAAAACAGUCACAGAAUACAUGUAUCCUCAGCUCUUCCAAGGCAAACCCCCUGAUGCAGAAAAAGAAAUGGCAAUGAGAGCAACAUUUGACUACCUGAAUCGUCUGUUUGAUGGUGGUGGCCAUUAUAUGACUGGAGAUAAUCUAACCAUAGCAGAUAUUAGUAUGGCUUCAAACAUUUCAUUAACUGAAAUUAAAGGUUAUCGCUUAGAUGCUUGGCCAGACCUUGCCACAUGGUACCAAAGAAUGAAAGCUCAGCCAUGGUGGCCAGAAUGCAAUAAAGGCCUUUAUGAAUGGAAAUCGGUUUAGACCAACAACAGAAAAGUGCAUUUCAACAUUAAAAUCGUUCACAGAAUUAUAGACAGCAAUUUCACAAUUAUUUAUGUGAUUAAAAUCCUGAAUUCUUCAUUUAACAUAGAACUGAAUGGCUCAUAUAAUUGUUGUUUUAAGGAGAAUUUUAGUAGGAUUACUCAGUGAAUUCUCUAGCAUGAUAAUUAUUUUUGUUUAUAUUGAUUUUUCAGUUUUGAUUUGGAAUGGUAAUCUUUUGAACACAAAUAAGAACUAGUAAAUAUAAUUUUUUUUAAUUUAUAAUUUCAAGUGUUGUGCAAUGUUUCAUUUAUAGAAGAUGUUCAUAUAUCUCCUUUUGUAUAUUGUAACUUUGACAUACUAUGUAUUCAGUUAACAGUUGUGCCACAUUCUUGCCCCGUUUUUGUGAUACAAAUGUAUAUACUUUCAAGUAGGUAGAAACACAUUAAAAAUUCAUAUAAAUUAUUUAUUAUAAAAUCAAAUCAAUAAAUUACAAAAUACAUUUA